UUACUGUAUUUGCUCUCCUGAUUUAUGUAGCUACUUUUAUAUGUAAGUCGAAUUGUAUUUGUUAAUGCUCUGCACGCAUGCGCUAACCACCUAUGAGCCCUACGCUGAGGGAAUAAACAACAACCGAGAGAAUAACACAACAACCAGGGGAAAGGGUCUGGUUUAGUUUAGACCAGGUUUGAAGGAGGUGAAAUGGCACUUUCGAUCUAAACGCGACCUACCUGCUGAAGAUAAACGGAACUCUCCUCGCAGACUCGGUUCCUGCCGGCGCCGCCAUGUCUUGCCGGGACAUCCACGCCACCAACGCUUUUGCCUUCAUCGUUGCCUUUGUGUCUUUGGGAGGGAUUGCUGUGGCAGCAUUAAUCCCACAGUGGCGUGUAACGAGACUCGUCACCUUCAAUCGUAAUGCCAAGAAUGUCAGCGUGUAUGAUGGGCUGUGGACUAAAUGUGUGAAACAGGAUGGCUAUUCAGGAUGUUACUACUAUGAUUCAGAGUGGUACUCUAAAGUGGACCAGCUGGAUCUGCGGCUGCUGCAGUUCUGUCUGCCCGCGGGCCUGCUGUUUGGCUCUCUGGCCUUGCUGCUGUGCAUGGUAGGAAUGUGUAAGACCUGCUGCUGCUCAGACGAGCCUGAACCGGACAUUAAGACCAUCAGAUUCCUGGUCAACAAUGCAGGCUGUCACCUGGUGGCAGGGACGUUCUUGUUCCUAGGUGGAGCCAUCGCCAUCGCACCAUCAGUGUGGUUCCUGUACUGCACCAAGGAAAUGAACAUCAGAUAUGAUAACAUUUUCUCUGAUGGCUUUGCUGUGUAUGUAUCUAUCGGCUGCUCUGGAGGACUAAUGCUGGCCGCCCUACUGAUGUUCAUGUGGUACUGUAUGUGUAAGAAGUUGCCUUCACCCUUCUGGUUGCCCUUUCCCUCUAUGCCUACCUCUCUGUCCACUCAGCUUCUCACCGCCAACGGAUAUCCUCCUUCCCCAGUUUAUGGUCCUCAGCCCUUCCCACCACAGACCUUUCCUCCCACAGUUAUCGACGCGCAGCCUUAUAUGACCUCCCAGGGCUACACGCAAAGUGUGAUGGCCCCUGCACAGGUGUACGUGUCUCAGAUGUCUGCGCCAGAUGGGUAUGGUUCAGAGGUGGGAAGGAACCAGGCCUACAGCUACGCUCCCUCGCAGAGCUACGCUCCAUCUCAGGGCUACGCUCCAUCUCAGGGCUACGCUCCAUCUCAGGGCUACGCUCCAUCUCAGGGCUACGCAUCCACCUACGCAGGCCAACGCUACUCCUCCCGCUCACGGAUGUCUGCCAUAGAGAUCGACAUUCCCGUGCUGACACAGGGACAGUAAGAGAAAAGCUGUUGAUAUCGUCAGCACAUUAAAGGCUUCUGUCCAUGAAGUAUAUGAGAGUUAUUUACAGCCCUUUGAGGGAUUCAUUCAGGGUAGGUCUGUAAAUAACUGAUUGUAGAUUAUGAAACUCAGUCAAAAGAACCCUAAAAUUAUUAUGAAGGACAAGCUUUUCCUAAAAGCGAAAAGCACAAUAUCACUGGUGCAAACAACACUGUAUUCAGGUUACUAUUGUAGAAGGGGAAGCACCGAUUUCCUGCCAAAAAUACCUGAAAGACAUAUUAGCCAACUAGCCUUUUUUUACUCUUUUACCAGCAGAGCAUGACCACAACAAAUGGAUCAUAACUUGUUAAAGUGGACAAUGGACCAUUGUACUUGAUAUAGAAAAUUGUUACUCGCAUUUGGUGUGUGGCUGAAUAUAAAUUCCCACUCUUGCUUUUAGAUCAAAGAAGCCUUGAUGAUGGCUGCCAAACAUCACUGACUGCUAGUCAGUGAUGUUUCUGUUACAUUUGUGUAUGUUGGACACAUUCAUACUCAAGUGAAUUGUCUCUUGUCUGUGUAAAGCUUUCAGUGUAGAAGUAUAAUGUUAUCACUGUACAUUACUUAACAUGCUGUGGUUCUAAAUGGACAACUACUAACUGACUCACCUGCUAUAAUAUAUUUUGUGUUUGUUGUGUAACAUGAAUUGUUAAUGUCAUAUUGCCCCUGUGAGGAGCAGCUGUUGAAGUUUUUAAUGCACUAAUUGUGUGACUACUGUGCCAGUUUAUAUUGCCUUUAUUCACUGACUUUGUUAUAGUCUUAAGUAUUUUCUCAUAUUAUUUCAUCAUUUAUUGCAACAUAAUAUUCCAGUAAUGAUAUCCCACUUUUUUUUGUGCUGAUUUUGAUCACUGUUGAAUUAUUAUAAUUGUAAUUAUGAACAGUAAUUUAAAAAAAACACUACCAGGAAGGCGAGUGCUGUUCAUCUGCACUCAACAUGUCUGCUGAUAAUUAAAACUAUUGCCAAUUUAGCUGGAGGUGUAAUGUUGUUAAGUGACUAAACUGUUUAACUUUUUGCAUAAUGAGCUUAGACAUGAUCAACAAUUCUUAAAAGCUUAAUAUGUUCAUCUUAUUCAACAAUGUUGACGUCAAAUGUUUUUCUACACUCAUCUUUUUUUGUUUUUAUUAAAACAUAAAUCCCAAUGUACCUUCGGUAAUAACAAUAAAGCUAAACUAGACACACAAUAGAUCUUUGGAUUGUGAAAUAAUUUAUUGGAGUAUUGUAUCUAUCCUCACUCAAUUGUCAGAGGACUACGAGGAGCAACGAAACAACAUUUCAGUCUGGAUUACAAACUGUAGAAGAGAUCUGCUCAAUGGAAGCUCUGGUUUCCCAGAAAUGAAUCACAAUAAAAUGUUAUACUUCUGUCCUCUCAUGACUCCAUAUUGCAGCUAACGUGACACAAUCAUUAUAUUUUCUUACUAAGGAAGGUCAAGUUAACAAAUGUAGUGCACAAAUCCACAAUUUUGCCAACAGAAAUACAAUAUAGACCUACAUGCAACUAAUGAUUCCUUUUAUUAUCAAUUUCUUCAGAAAUCCUACAGCUUUGCCUUGGUUUGACUUUAGAGCAAGAUUUUAGUUUAACCUUCGUAAUGAAAUGUGCACUUUACUCUGAGAAUAAAAACUCAAUGGCAGAGGCCCUGAACUUUGAUCGGCUCUGUACGUGAAUAUGUAGGUUAUCAUAUCAGACUCCAGCGAGCAGUGUAUUAAAAUGAAUCUUUUAGCACUGCAGUGUUUUGUCUUAUCGUAGAUGUCGUCCUAGUGGACUGAGAAUCUGGAUUAAAAGCCACCAGCCUAAACUGCAGCAGCCAUCAUUGGAGCCAACUCCUGCUUUCAUGUCACACUUUCAUGUUGACUGAGAAUUUAUUGGUUGAUGAUUAAUAAGACCAUAUGACAUAGAUGCCUUUAUUAUUUGUGGCAUAUUGUGUAAAUGCUACAAAUAUUAGCAAUAGCCUUUAAUGAACUGUUGUAAUAAAGCAUUUUCUGGA